GCUACUACAAGAUAGACAAGCAAAAGUUUUACAGAUUCGAGAUACUACACAAGAACAAGCUAUGAAAACGAUUGAAGAACUAAAGACAAUAAGGCUGCAAAUGCACUUAUGGAAGAACGACACUGGAUUCAAGCUAUCAUUCCAAAUGCUACUUUGGAUGAUGUAUUUGUUUACACAGGUUGUUCUGGCUGUGGGAAAAAAUGCAGUGUACCUGAAGGAAGACAGUUCACAUGCAUAGUCUGUGACGACAAAAAUUGUGUCUCAUCUCCAAGGGUUGCUUUCAAAUUCGAAGCAGUUGAUAUAACAGGUUCAAUAACAUUAACAUCGUUCAACAAUCACACAGAAAAAUUGUUCAGCAAAAGCGCGGCAGAAAUCAAAACAAUGAAAGAUCUUGGUGAUGUGGUUGCUUUCCAAGAAAUUGAAGAAAAGCUCAGGAAAAAAACCACUUUCUUCAAACUCGGUCCAUCUAAUUCCCUUGGUUCAAGCAGCGUUUUAGAAUGGUCACUGAAAAAUAUUGAAACUGCUGAAGAUGCGUCUAAAAAGGAUUUAACAAAACUGACUGUUGCAGGAACUGAUGAAUUUGAAUUCUCAGAUCUCAAUAUGAAUGUGAAUUUUACAAACAAAGAAACACCAGAUUCGAAAACAAAAGACAAAGGAAAAGGGAAAAUUUCGGAAACAAAUUUCGAUAAAUUCCCAUUGACAUCAAAAGGCGUCGUUAUAGCUGAUGAAAGCCAUAGAGUUGCUGACAGCAGCUUAAAAAACAAAUCCCUCAAACAUUCAGCUACACAUACACCUGCACUUGUCAAAACUCCUAAGAUUUCACCUACUGAGUGGACACAACUUUGUCGCACUCGCAUAACCGGAAACAAGCAAUCUCACGUGUCUCCAGCACACAGUGAAGACACACAAACUAACUUGGUUUGUGUACAAAGUGUAGGUCGAAAAAAACUCCGUCUCACACCAUCAGCAUCUCAGGAAAAUGAAGAGCAUGAAUCCGCCAAGAAGGACCCACAACAUGAAUCCGCCAUGAAGGACCCACAGCAUGAAUCCGCCAAGAAGGACCCAGCUAAUUUAGCGCCAUCUGCUGCUUCUGAUAAGCCUGCUACACCAGAAUUUGAUGCUAACACAUCUACACCAGGGAAUGAUCAAAUGACACAGGCCUCAAUUGACUCUCUUACUCAAGGUAAUUAGCAAAAAAAAAGGAACAACAAUGUACAUACGUACCAGAAGUAGGUAUUAUAACUAACUUCAAAGGUGAGGUACUGUCACCCCCUCUAUUACAAAAUUUGGGCUUACAAAAUAAUAUUUUGAUGUAUAUUCCUUUAAAAGACUCUCCGUUUUUUUUGUAUUACUACAGCAUUGCAUGAAGAUACUUUUAGAUGAAGGUAAAGUAUCUAUGAAAAUAGAAUUGCAAUACUGUUAAUUGAAAACUUUUGAAGAGUUUUCUAAGAACAUAUACAAUAGUUAAUGUUCCUAGAAAACACUAUAAAAAGGUCAAAUGUUGUUCCAAAAAAAAAAAGCACUGAUGUAAUGUUAUUCAAUAGUUGCUUUUGCUUCUGAUGUAAUGUUGUAUGAAAAUAUUAUAAUAUAAUAUAAGUAAAUUAUAAAUAAUUACUUCUUAAAUUAGCUAUAUGAUCUCCUCCAUACUUUAUCUCGAUAUGAAAAUGUCUAUACUCGUUAUCAGGUGCUUUGGAUAGAUACAAAGCGGAAAGAGUGAUAUGAUCUCCUCCAU